AUGGGUGAGUUCCGGUUGAAUGAGUCGCCAGUGCUAACAUCACACGGCUUCAGAAGGCUGGAUGGUAAAAAUGUGCGUAACAAUAGAGCAAUGCAGGGUUUAGCUUUAUCACCAACAACCUCAUCAACAUCACCACAUCUCAUACCACGCUUAACCAACAAUAAUGCUAGCAAUAAUAGUAAUUCAUCAAAAGCGUUUGAUAAUUGGCAUCCUCGUAUAAAUGAUUCAUCAAUAGUCAAUUAUUACUGGAAAACACCUAAGCCUAUAGCAAGCAACCAACAAUCAAUGACCACUCAAAAAGCAACCGAUUCAUCAACAUCACGUCCGUCAACUAUCAAUAGUUCAUCUCGUAAUACCUACUUUUCAAAUGGAACCAUCACAGGUGCGCAUCCAAAAGUGGCACCAACUGGUUAUGCACCCAACAGAUUUCCCCUAUCAGUCUCAUACAACUCAGAUCUUUCCACCGAAACCUUCUCAUCGUCAGUAUAUCCAUCUUCAAAUGCAUCUACGUCAGCAUCUAUUUCAAGCGAACGAAUAAGUUCUUCACACUCGAAACCCGCUAAUACUUCAGCAUCACCCAUUUACUCUUCUCUUCCGAGCAAUGCUUGCACUAUUACUGCAAGUAAAGCCGCUAGUCCUUACAAGAAAAAUACUGAUAGCAAUAAUAAUUCUAAUAUCUAUUUCGGUACCUCGUCAUCACGAAACGUUGUUGAUGAAAUUGUUGGUGGUUAUGAGAAUGUGCCUAGUAAUAGUUACAGUAGCAGAGCGUACCAAAAUCGUCUAGCUACACAACGGCAGAUUCCGCUGCAAGGAUUAACCGAUAACAUCGCUCCAAAACUUAAUACGAUCAGCUAUUUUACACCUUCAUCAGUUAAUGCAAACGACAAAAAAGCAACAACACCAUCGCCAAUAACAACCAAAUCCAAUACUUUUGAUCGUUGUGUUCACCCUGUAUGGACAGUUCAAAACAAGCAACAAGUAAGCGGUGCUGCCAAACCGACACUAACCGUUCGUAAUGGAUCCUCAUCGCGUUCAAGUGAUUCACGAAGUAAGCCACGCAUGCCCAAGUUCUUUCACACGUUAUGCUGUUGCGUACGACCUGAAACAACUGCCAAUAGAGAGAAACGGCGAAGCUUGCAACAAGGCUCAACGCUACCAAACGCAAGUUCACUGAUAACACAAGUGAAGAAGAAUUCUGUGAAUAAUGCUGCGAACGCCAAUGGUAAUACGGCUGCGAAUGACUCGUAUACGAUUGACGAUUCGGAUGCUGCCGAGAGUAUGCCUAUGCAACCCGCCGAGAAGCUGCUAUUGCCACCGUUACGGGCGUGUGACUCUAGCAAAAAGUGCCUCAUUAUUGAUUUAGAUGAAACGUUGGUUCAUUCUUCCUUCAAACCGGUGAAGAAUGCAGAUUUUGUGAUUCCCGUCGAAAUUGAUAAUGUGAUACACCAAGUUUACGUCCUUAAACGGCCAUUUGUAGACGAAUUUUUGGACAAGAUUGGCGACAAAUUUGAAUGUGUUUUGUUUACAGCUAGUUUAGCAAAGUAUGCGGAUCCUGUUGCUGAUUUAUUAGACAAGCGAGGGGUAUUCCGGUCGCGAUUAUUUAGAGAGGCUUGUGUAUUCCAUAAAGGAAAUUAUGUGAAGGAUUUAACCCGUUUGGGAAGGGAUUUAAAAAAGGUUAUCAUCGUGGACAACUCACCGGCCAGCUAUGCAUUCCAUCCUGACAAUGCUAUUCCGGUACAAUCAUGGUUCGAUGAUGUGAAUGAUUCGGAGUUAUUGCAAAUAAUUCCAUUGCUCGAGCAACUGGCGAAUGCUGAGAGUAUUUAUUCGAUACUUCGCAAUAGUAACGAGGAUAUUCGUCGAAGCAGUUCACCAGAAACACAGAACGAUGCAAGUCGAUCAUCAUCUUCAUGA